AUGUCUCUACCCAAGCAGCUUGCCCUUCUGGUGUCAGUAAGCCGCCCUCUCUCGUGGGUAGUUGCUCCUGCAAUAUGGUUCUCAGGCCUGAUUCAUUCUGGAAAAUAUGAAUUGGGUAUAGAGCAACUACUCUUUGGCACAGCGCUAACCUUACCCAUCUGUCUUAUUGCCUUUGGAGUGAAUGAUGUUUAUGAUUAUACGUCAGAUUCGCAAAAUCGACGCAAGACCAGUCAAUGGACGGACGGGACCGCUCUCGACCAGCAUCAUCACAGAUAUGUAUUGCUAGCAGCUAAAAUAUCGACUGCGCUAGUCUUAUUGAUAACCUUUCCUUCAUGGAGAAAGUCGUCAGAGCUCUUCAGUUGCAUCGUCGCUGUUCUCGCGUUACUGUGGUCAUACUCAUCACCCCCCUUCCGACUCAAAGAGCGACCAGUCCUGGACUCACUAUCGAACGGAGCAAUAUGCUGGCUUUUCUGGGCUUGCGGCUAUAUCUUCGAUGGAAACGCAACAUUCGUCUCUUCUGUAACUGCUUCAAAGAGCGGCUGGCUUAUCCUACUAUAUGGUUCAGCUCUGCACAGCAUGGCCGCGAUGGUAGAUGUGGACGCAGAUGCCUUUGCAGAGUAUCGUACUAUUGCGACAGUCUACGGGGAGAAGUUCUCAGCAAUGUUCUCUCUUACUUGUUUGUGA